GACGCGGCCGUGGAAAGGGACGCGGGAGCAAGGGGCGGCGGGAGGAGGAGGAGGGCGCGCGGCGCGGCUGACGUGGGCCGGGGUCGCGCAGCGGGCUGUGGGCGGCGGCGGCGCGCAGCGACAGAGCGUCCCCCGGCGAGGACGAGCGAGCACGGCGCCCUCAUCUCCCCGCAACUCCCGCGCUGCGCGUCCCGAGGAGCGACCGCCGCCGUUCUCGAGCUCCAGCUGCAUUCCCUCCGCGUCCGCCCCACGCUUCUCCCGCUCCUGGCCCCGCCAUGGCCCAGGCAGUGUGGUCGCGCCUCGGCCGCAUCCUCUGGCUCUCCUGCCUCCUGCCCUGGGCCCCGGCAGGGGUGGCCGCAGGUCUGUAUGAACUCAAUCUCACCACUGAUAGCCCUGCCACCACGGGAGCGGAGGUGACCAUCUCGGCCAGCCUGGUGGCCAAGGACAACGGUAGCCUGGCCCUGCCCGCCGACGCCCACCUCUACCGCUUCCACUGGAUCCACACCCCGCUGGUGCUCACUGGCAAGACGGAGAAGGGUCUCAGCUCCACCAUCCGUGUGGUCGGCCACGUGCCCGGGGAAUUCCCGGUCUCCGUCUGGGUCACUGCCUCUGACUGCUGGAUGUGCCAGCCUGUGGCCAGGGGCUUCGUGGUCCUCCCCAUCACAGAGUUCCUCGUGGGGGACCUUGUUGUCACCCAGAACACUUCCCUGCCCUGGCCCAGCUCCUAUCUCACUAAGACUGUUCUGAAAGUCUCCUUCCUCCUGCACGACCCGAGCGACUUCCUCAAGACCGCCUUGUUUCUCUACAGCUGGGACUUCGGCGACGGGACCCAGAUGGUGACUGAAGACUCCGUGGUCUAUUAUAACUAUUCCAUCAUCGGGACCUUCACCGUGAAGCUCAAAGUGGUGGCGGAGUGGGAAGAGGUGAAGCCGGAUGCCACGAAGGCUGUGAUGCAGAAGACCGGGGACUUCUCUGCCUCACUGAAGCUGCAGGAAACCCUUCGAGGCAUCCAAGUCUUGGGGCCCACCCUAAUUCAGACCUUCCAAAAGAUGACCGUGACCUUGAACUUCCUAGGGAGCCCUCCUCUGACCGUGUGCUGGCGUCUCAAGCCUGAGUGCCUCCCGCUGGAGGAAGGGGAGUGCCACCCUGUGUCUGUAGCCAGCACAGCGUACAACCUGACGCACACCUUCAGGGACCCUGGGGACUACUGCUUCAGCAUCCGGGCCGAGAAUAUCAUCAGCAAGACGCAUCAGUACCACAGGAUCCAGGUGUGGCCCUCCAGAAUCCAGCCGGCUGUCUUUGCUUUCCCAUGUGCUACACUUAUCACUGUGAUGUUGGCCUUCAUCAUGUACAUGACCCUGCGGAAUGCCACUCAGCAAAAGGACAUGGUGGAGGUGGCUGAUUUUGACUUUUCCCCCAUGUCUGACAAGAACCCGGAGCCACCCUCUGGGGUCAGGUGCUGCUGCCAGAUGUGCUGUGGGCCCUUCUUGCUGGAGACUCCAUCUGAGUACCUGGAAAUUGUUCGUGAGAACCACGGGCUGCUCCCGCCCCUCUAUAAGUCUGUCAAAACUUACACUGUGUGAGCACUCCCCUUCCCCACCCCGUCUCAGUGUUAACUGACUGCUGACUUGGAGUUUCCAGCAGGGUGGUGUGCACCACUGACCAGGAGGGGUUCAUUUGCGUGGGGCUGUUGGCCUGGAUCAUCCAUCUGUACAGUUCAGCCACUGCCACAAGCCCCUGCCUCUCUGUCACCCCGCCCCCAGCCAUUCACCCAUCUGUACAGUCCAGCCACUGAUGUAAGCCCCACUCAGUUACCAUGCCCUCGACCCCUACCUUUGAAGAGGCUUCGUGUGGACUUUGACACUUGGGGUGUUCCGUGUUCACUCCCAGGUGGGCCUGGCUGCCCACUGCCCAUUCCUCUCAUAUUGGCACAUCUGCUGUCCAUUGGGGGUUCUCAGUUUCCUCCCCCAGACAGCCCUGCCUGUGCCAGAGAGCUAGAAAGAAGGUCACAGAGGGUUAAAAAUCCAUAACUAAAGGUUGUACACAUAGAUGGGCACACUCACAGAGAGAAGUGUGCAUGUACACACACACCACACACACACACACACACAUAUAAACACACGUGUCACGUGGGCAUUUCAGAUGAUCAGCUCUGUAUCUGGUUAAGUCGGUUGCUGGGAUGUGCCCUGCACUAGAGUUGAAAGGAAAUUUGACCUCCAAGCAGCCCUGACAGGUUCUGGGCCCGGGCCCUCCCUUUGUGCUUUGUCUCUGUGGUUCUUGCGCCCUUUAUAAGGCCAUCCUAGUCCCUGCUUGCUGGCGGGGGGCUGGAUAGGGGGCAGGACUAAUACUGAGUGAGUGCAGAGUGCUUUAUAAAUAUCACCUUAUUUUAUCGAAACCCAUGUGUGAAACUUUCAUUGAGGAAAAGGCAUUACAGCGGUAGAAGAGGUUGAAUCAGGGCUGGGUGCGGUGGCUCACGCCUGUAAUCCCAGCACUUUGGGAGGCCGAGGCGGGUGGAUCACGAGGUCAGGAGAUCGAGACCAUCCUGGCUAACACAGUGAAACCCCGUCUCUACUAAAAAAAAUACAAAAAAUUAGCCGGGCGUGGUGGCAGGCCCCUGUAGUCCCAGCUACUCGGGAGGCUGAGGCAGGAGAAUGGCGCAAACCCGGGAGGCGGAGCUUGCAGUGAGCCCAGAUGGCACCACUGCACUCCAGCCUGGGUGACAAGAGCGAGACUCCAUCUCAAAAAAAACGAAAGAAGAGUUUGAUUCAGUAGGGACUUGGGUUCACCGUGUGUGAGGGGGGCAUUCUUGCCGGCCAGCUGCUCCCGAGGUGGCCUUGAGAAGGAAGAAGCAGGAUGACACAGCCUGAGCAGUGGAACCAGCCUGCACCCUCCCAUCUGGCCCAGCGACCUGGGCUGUGGCUGAGAGAGACAAUAAUGAGGCCAGAAGUAGCCAGAGCCUGUCGGGAAGGGCAGGGGAGGACUGUGGGGUCUGGGCUCUGUCGCUGUAACCAUCUGCUCCCAGGCUAUGUGCGGAAAAUGGCAUUUAUGCUAUUGUGCAGCUCGUUCUCAUGAAAUACUGCCAUUGUUGCUAAAUAAAGCUUGUGUGCUCUGAAUAUAGCCAAGCAUA